AUGAAAAGAAUAAAAACAAUGAAGGAAAAUGGAUGGCCAGGAAUUACAUUCUAUACCACGCUUUCCAAGAGCUCAGUGGAUUACGAAACAUUUAGAAGGUAUGCAGAAAGGAGGAUAGAGAUGUUGAAGGGAGAGGAAUCAGAGGGCUCUCUUUCUAAAUACCUCACCGUGGAUAUAGAGGAUGAUGUUCUCUCUCAUUUCUUCUGCAGGAUGGUGUGCUCCCAGGACCCUUGGGCGGCCACAUGGUUUGUGAAUGCAGAGGUGAAUCUCCUAAGGCUUAGAAUUUCUAAGAAUCCAAGCGGUGCAAGAUCGUUUUUCCUCACCGAGAUACUGCCUCGGAUGGAGGGAGGAAAGGUCCAGGACGGUGUUCUGAUAUUGGGAAUGAAGAGCAGAUACAACCCGGAUGUAGCUGGCGGAAUGGUAUCCUCCAAUGUUCUUGUACAUUUCACAAAAGUUAUUGAUCUAAUCGGAAAGAGAUUGGCCGUGCCUGAGAGGGGAUAUCUCAAGCUAAAUGAUGAAGGAAUCAAAUCGAUGCUUGUCAAUGAGUACAGAAGAUAUUUGGACAGAAGAAUGGAUGAGCUAGUAGAGGUUUCUUUGUACGACCCCGAUGAAAGAAUGAAAAUCCUUUCUACUGAAUUAUUGACAAACUCAACAAGAUGUAAAAGAAACAUCAGUUUUUCGUUGAAAGAAUCUGAAAAAUACUUCCCGCUAUGCAUUCAGAUCAUAAUGCAAAGGUUAAAAAGGAACAGGCAUCUCAAGUAUAAUGAUAGACAGAUAUUGUGUCUUUUUCUUAAAGACUGUGGGAUGAAUGUUGAUGAUGGAAUAGACUUUUUUCGGAGCUCAUUCAAGGUUGGGCGAGAAGUUUUUGAUAAGGAAUACUUAUAUUCCAUCAGACAUAAUUACGGGCUUGAAGGAAAAAGGGCGAACUACUCUUGUUUCACUUGCUCAAAGAUAGCAAAUACAACAAAUGAGGAGAGAAGAAGUAGUUGUCCUUUUAUUGAAGACAAAGAAUAUGUAAUGAAGCUGGCUGAGGGGAUGGAGGCGGAUAUCGAAGAUGUGAUGGAUGGAGGAACUUUUAAUGGGAAGUGUACAAGGCUCUUGGAGAAACUAACACGUAAGAAGCAAGAGAAGUUAGUUGUAACGCCUAUUAGAUAUUAUCUCGAAUAUAAAAGUCCUGAUGAGAAUGCUGGAAAAACUUGA